GGAAACGUGCCUUCCCAUCAUGCUUUGACAGAGAAGUCAAGGCGCCUUUUGCAGCCCACCUUCCAUAAACUAUUAGCAUAGGGGUAUUUCAAUCUGAAGGUGUAAUACUGGGCUUUGUAAGACGGUGGGUUUGCUUGAUAAAACAGUUAAAUUCUGUUGGUCAUUAUGGCGCUGUCCAGUCUUGUAUCUGCAGCUGCUAGCCUUUGGACUAAAUGCUUCAGUGUUUACUCCUGCACAACUACUGUUGCGAGGACCACCGGGUUUCUCCCCACCUCCUCCAUCUGCGUGAAGUGGCUCAGUAAUGUGGCCAGUGGACCUCCAAAACGACCUCUAAAUGCAUACAUGCGAUAUGUUUUGCAGCAGCAGCCCAUCAUGGUCAGACUACACCCAGAGAUCAAAUCUGUGGACAUCAUUAGGAAAAUUGCUCAACAGUGGAGAACACUGAGCCCCGAACAAAAAAAACCUUUUGAAGAGGCUUCUGUCAAAGCCAGAGAGCAGUUUAAAGUGGACUUCCAGCGCUACAUGGCUCAGCUGACUCCAGCACAGGAGAAACAGCACGCUUUGGACAGGAAACAAAGACUCGCAAAACGGAAGGCCAUUCGCAAGAAACGGGAAUUGACUUCUCUCGGAAAACCAAAGCGUCCCCGGUCUCCAGUUAACAUAUACAUCUCGGAGCACUAUGAAGAGGCCAGAGGAGCCACCACACAGGCAAAGAUGAAGUCACUGAUGCAAGACUGGAGAAAUCUGUUUAGCCACCAGAAGCAGGUCUACAAACAGUUGGCUGAAGAUGACAAAAUCCGCUACAAAAAUGAAAUGAAAUCAUGGGAAGAACACAUGGUGGAAAUAGGACGAGCCGAUUUGCUCCGUGUGCAAAUUCCAUCCAGAGGGAACAGAAAAACUGCAACCAAAGCCAAGAAAAAAGUUGUAAAAAGGGCAAUGGGAAAAGCCAAAACAACUGAAAAGAAGGCAACAAGCAGCACCACCACAAAAGCAGCUAAAACCUCCAAAAAGACAUAAUAUGUGACCCAUAAAACAAAAACUUGUUAGAUUUCUUUGAUAAAAUCCUGAAAAGAUGACUGAGUCUGUUGUCAUGCUAUGACUUUUAUCUAGUGCUUGCAAAGGUAACUGGAUCUUCUUUGCUAAAGUUAACCAUUCAGUUCUGACUGAGGUAGGGCUGAAUGAGCUUUGAAAUGUAUUCUUAUUCAUAUUAAUUUUCAAUUCAGUGUACUUUUUUAUCAGUGUAAAAGAGCACACUGAAAUAAUGGCUAAACGGAACACAACUUGCAUUUCAGAACGUGUUUGAUGAGGUUUAAACUCUAAAGUUGGCAGCUUGAAUAAGACCCCAUGGAGUAUUUUAUUUCCAUUCAAUAUGAUUCAUCUACUGAGACCCAUAAUUUCAUGCCCUUUGUUGACCAGCGUUAACCACUGUUUUCUGUUUUUUUGUUCAGGCAAUUGAUAUCCUAAGCCAUUCUUUAUGAUCAUGGACAGUUGUUAUUUCAAAAUCAUUGCAAAAGCUGCUGUGUCUCCAAGUGGUACUUUUGGUAGACGCUAUAGUCAUAGCUCAUUAUGACAUAAUUAUGAUUAAGAAGUGACUUGUGCCCUAGAAGAAUGUAAAGUGUAAGAAAAGCAUUUUCAUUAUGCAAUAAAGUUCAGCAUACA